AUGCUGUUCUCUACAUUCUUUGCUACCGCUCUGUUGAGUGUAUCUUCGCUCAUUUCUUCUGUCGCUGCACAAACUCCUGGAGCUUGCUCCGGAGACUGCAAUGUCCACGAUCCUGCCUUGAUCAGGCGUACCUCUGAUGGCAAAUACUUCCGUUUCUCCACAGGAAACAAGAUCACCAUUGCCACCUCUAGUGCGUUGGCUGGACCAUGGACCAAUCAGGGAAGCGCUAUAACAGGCGGUUCAAGCAUUGCCCUCACCGGAAAUGAUGACCUCUGGGCACCCGAUAUCCAAAAGGUUGGAGACUACUACUACCUGUACUACUCCGUCUCGACCUUUGGCUCCCAGGCAUCCGCCAUUGGCGUUGCCCGCUCCACCACCAUGGAGGUGGGCUCCUGGACCGACCUUGGUUCAACCGGCAUUGCAUCCUCCUCUGGUUCUGCAUAUAACGCUAUCGACUCCAACCUCAUCCUUGCAGGAAGCACCUACUAUGCGACGUUUGGUUCUUUCUGGGGCGACAUCUACCAGGUCCCCAUGGCUAGCACACCCACCAAGACCGCUGGUACAUCCAUCCAGGUGGCAUACAACUCCUCUGGAUCACACGCUGUCGAGGGCUCAUUCACGUACUACCGAUCACCAUACUACUACCUUUUCUUCUCGUCGGGAACCUGCUGUGGUUUUGACACAUCCCGCCCCGCCCAGGGCGCUGAGUACCGCAUCAACGUCUGCCGCUCUUCAUCCGUGACCGGGCCCUAUGUCGAUGCCACCGGCAAGUCCUGUACCGCUGGUGGUGGAACCACCGUUUUGGCGUCCCACGACAAUGUCUACGGACCUGGUGGACAGGGAAUCUAUCCCGACACCACCCAGGGAGGAGCUGUUCUUUACUACCACUAUGUUAAUACCAACAUUGGAUAUGGUGACGGACAGAAGCUGUUUGGAUGGAACUUACUUAGCUGGAGCACUGGAUGGCCUGUUCCUACUUAG